AUGAGUGGUUAACUAUGUAAUCCUGAUAAAGGAUGUUGGCUUUUGAGUAAUUGUGAAUGGAACGAAAUCAGCUAUACUUGUGUCCAUGAUCCAAUAUUGGAAUUGACACUUUAUACAGGAUUUGUUUAUGCGUUAAUACCAAUAUUUUUGGGUAUUGGUAUUUUAGGUGGUCUAGGAACAGGAAUGAUAAAAAGACCUAUUUUAAAUUUAAUGUUAAAUUAUCCUGCUAGCAUUGCAACUUAAGUUGGUGAUUGUUUUUUAUUUAUAACCACAACGCUGAAUUCUUUCUUAUUAUUUUUUGAAAAGUAUCUUAAUAAAGAUAUAAAGACAUCCGGAUCAUCCAGAAUUACCAUUAAUUAACUUUGAUAUAAGUAUUAUCUUUAAUUAAACAAUUCCUUUGGCUUGGAGUGUUGGUGCUUUCCUCUAAUAAAGAAUACCUUAAUUUGGUUUGUAUCUUUUUUAAUUAUGUUUUAUGCUUGGUGCCAUCCCUUUUUUAUGGAAAUUCAGUAAUUGAUUAAAAAUUAUAGAUUAGCACAUAGUUAAAAGUAAUUAGAAUUAGAUAAAAGAGACAAAAAAGUACUGAUAGUUGAAAAAAUAAAAACAAAAGAAGAUAUGUUAAAUGAAACUAAUCUUGAUGAAAAAUAACUUAUUCAAUAUGAAAAUUUCUAUAUAAAUGAUCAUAAAAAGAUUUAGAUAAAGAAUCUCUGUUUUAUAUUUGGAUCGUUUAUUGUUAAUCAAACUAUAGUUCUUAUGAGAUCUAACAAAUAUAAUAAUUCUAUCAUUGGGAUAGAUGCUUGCACUCUUGAAAACAAUUUAGUAUUAAUUUUAAUAUUAUGUGCAAAUGGAAUUUAUACAAUUUUAGUUUAUUGGAAUAAAAGAAAUGAAGAAUAUUAUAAAGAUUUAGUAUAAUAUAGACCAGAAUUUAGAUAUUUUACCCCUAAGAAAACAUUUUGGUUAUAUUAUUUAGGAGGAUGUGCAGCUGGAUUCAGCACAGGAUUUAUUGGAAUGGGGGGUGGAAUCAUUAUGGUGUCUGUUUUAUUACAUAAGAAAAUUAUUGCCAGAGAAGCUGCUGCUACUUCUGCUUUUGGUACUUUCAUGAUUGCUUUAAAUAGUUUAAUCUAAUUGUUUUUAUAGAAAACAAUAACUAAUGAAUAAAUGCUGAUAUUUUUUAGUUUAGGAGUAUAUUAUUCAUAUUUAUUAUUAUUAGAUAAUAGGAUUAAUAGUUAUCACUAAACCUGCUUAUAUGCUAAUGAAUAAAUUUAAAGUUGGAUAUGUUGUUUUGAUUGUAGAUAUUAUUUCUGUGACCAAUAAUGUCUUUGCAAUAACAGCCUUAAUUAUAAUCAAUUCUACACUUUAUGGAUUCGAUAUUAUGUUAAAUUAUAAUUAGCAUUGUUGA